UAUCAGUAAGGGAAAAAAAUGAACCCCCUUCGUUUCUUAGCUACAGCUUUGUGCUGUGCUGCAAUUGUGUUUGGAGGAUUAACCUUCCCCUCAAAUGCACAACUUGAUCCAUUUUUUUACAUUCAAACUUGUCCCCAAUUGCAUUUUAUUGUAUAUGAAAUCUUAUUCAACGUUGCUCAGACAGAUGCCCGAAUGCCUGCUAGUCUCAUCAGGCUCCACUUUCAUGACUGCUUUGUUCAAGGUUGUGAUGCAUCCGUUUUGUUGAACACAACUGAUACCAUUGUGACUGAACAAGAUGCCUUCCCAAAUAUCAAUUCCUUGAGAGGUUUAGAUGUUAUAAAUCAGAUUAAAACUGCAGUAGAACGUUCUUGUCCAGACACAGUUUCUUGUGCUGAUAUUCUUACACUUUCUGCUGGAAUAUCUUCUGUUUUGACCGGAGGUCCAGGUUGGUUGGUUCCAUUGGGAAGAAGAGAUAGUUUAACCGCAAACCAAACCCUUGCUAAUCAAAAUCUUCCAGGUCCAUCUUUCAGUUUACCUCAACUGAAAUCUGCUUUUGCUAAUCAAGGUCUCACCACACUUGAUCUAGUAUCACUCUCAGGGGCUCACACAUUUGGAAGAUCACGUUGCGGUUUAUUCAGUGAUCGAUUGUACAACUUCAACAGUACCGGCAAACCUGAUCCAACUCUCGAUCCAGCUUACUUAAAAGUAUUGCAAAAACAAUGUCCUCAGGACGGACCUGGAACUAACCGUGUCAACUUGGAUCCAACGACUCCUGAUACAUUGGACAAAAACUUCUACAACAAUCUUCAAGUUAAAAAGGGUUUGCUUCAAAGUGACCAAGAAUUGUUCUCAACACCAGGUGCAGAUACCAUUAGCAUUGUCAACAAAUUUGCAAAUAACGAAAAUGCUUUCUUUAAGAAUUUUAGGAAGUCAAUGAUUAAAAUGGGAAAUAUUGGUGUGCUUACUGGAAAGAAAGGUGAAAUUAGAAAACAGUGCAAUUUUAUUAAUAAGAAGAAGAAAUCAUCUGAGUUGGAUAUUACUAAUGGGGAUUUGGUUAGUUCAAUGUAAGUGUUUUGAGGGUUAUGUUAUUAGUUGAAAUAAAGAAGCCAUAGCUAGGUGGUGUACAUUUGUGUGUCGUAAGCUUUGUGUGUGUGAGAUAAUCUUCUUUUAUUUGAUGUUUUAAAUAAUAUUCACUCUUUCUAUUACAAGCUCUCUGUAUUUAUUUGUUCCUUCAGUAAAGUUAU